CAGUAUGCGGAUGAGCUUCUUCGGUUGAAUAAUAUCUCCAUCCGUUCCUGCGCCAGCCAGACCUAAAGCUUCAUUCGUUUCUUGGUUUUCUCCUCCUCUGCGCCUGUUCUUCGUCGAAACUGUGAGUUCUCUCUCUGGAUUUCCUUCUGACAUCGGCCAGUCCGGAUAUACCUACAUAUGGUGGAGGCGAGUUGGCACGGCGAAUUUUGAUAGGAGGGAGCCAAGCUUCCCUGUGACGACAGACUCUCGAAGGCUGCGACCGAUGGAAGGAGUCCUGGCCAACUGCGAAGGCUUCCCAGCAUCGCUCGGACUUUAGGGUUGGAACUUGCGAGAUGCUUCACCCAACUACCACCAAAUCCCAGCGACGGCGAGUCUUCAACGAGCCUUCACCUAAACUGGUAAGACGUGAGGGGAGGGGAGGCCUCAAUCGACCCAACAACAGACAUCAGGCACCUGUAAACUUUGGGGGUACUCUUACGAGAGAAAGUUUCCCACCCCUGGGCAAACAGAAACUUCCGAUAGGCAGAAACUUCCGUGUGGCCUUUAAAAGUUUUAUGAAUCUUACUGUAAAAGUUUCUGAUAGGCAGAAACUUCAAUUCAGCGCCAGUGAAGCUAUCCGAGAUGCUUGCUCCUGUUUGUUACCAUUUGCUCCUAUUCCAACAUAUGAAUGAGCUUCCAUAUUUGUUUGGGACGCCAAACAUAAUCCUUCCUUCUGUUUCUGCUCUCUUCGGACUUCGGAUUCAUAGUCUAGGGUUCGAAAAAAUCCCUCUGCCAAGCCGCCCAACGUCUACGAGUAUCAUUGAUGCCCUGGCACUAUUGGAGACUGUGGCUAGGGUUAAGACCAAGAAAAAUGACACAAAUAAGGAAUAACAGUCUUUAAACUUGAUAACGAUCAUGGAGCAGAAGUGUGGAUGAAAUCCACAGUUCUAUUUUUUUGAGAAGACCAAGCCAUUCUUUUCACAUCAAGAAGUCAAAACAUGGGCUGCCAGAUAUGCAUGUGCAAGAGCAACAUUAGAAUUAGACAUAAACUCAAACUUAAAAGCCUACGGUGCGAAAAGGGUCAAACAUUUUGUACCAGCAAGCUCUAAUCUUAUGCAUCAUAUAGCACAAAAUCUGCUCUUCUUCUGUUAGUCUGCAGGUUUCUGAUAAGGGAAUCACUACUAAAGAUGCAAAACCUGGGGAGAUUGCCUCUACACCUUAUGGAACGGCUGUUUGGUCUACUGGCGUUGGAAUUUGAGAGUUUGAAUUAUUAUUUUGCCAUAAAUUUGCCGAUGUGCUAAAAUAUUUUGAUAUUUAUUGUGUAUUUCAGGUUAGACAAUCUGAUGAUGCCCAGCACAUGAUCACUCCAUGGUGAUUAAUACAGUUGGCACCUAUCAGAAAUGCUCCCAGCCACAAAUAAGUUUUCCGUAUUGUUCCCUAGCCUAUUUGUUGUUACAAAAUGUUCUUUAUUGCAUUGUGCUAAGUAACACUUAUUUUCCGUGAACGACGAAAUGUGAGAAGCAACAAAAUGUUCAUAUACUCAAUGAGUACAUUUUUAUGCAAGAAUCAUGUGAUACACACUAUUUGGC